AUGGACCAAACUUGCUCCUCCGUACCGACAUCUGGGGAAACCGAGCCAUCGACCCCCGACGCGCCGUUACAUCUCAGCAAGCGGAUCUGGGACAACAAGAAGAAGCGUGAACACAUCGCCAAAACGCACUGUUCGCACUGCGGAAAACGUGGCCCGGGGCCGCUGCAGACCUGCUCGCACUGCAAAGCGGUGCGCUACUGCGACAAGGACUGUCAGCGCGCCGAUUUCCGGGAAGGCCACAAAGACGAGUGCACCACGUUCGCCCGCCCGCCGACGACCAUGGCGUUCCAAUCUGAGCCCGACCCCGAGGAGCGGUUCCCCCACCACCCGCUCUUCGCCCACGGGCAUGAUGAUAAUGUUGGCUGCUGGACCACCAUCGAUGGCCGCAUCGACGGCGAGUAA